UAACCCGUGACCCGUCUCUCCCAUAGGGGAUCGCCAGCUGCCCCUAGAUUCCAUCCGAUCUAUCCAGCUGUCCAACCAAAGCCAACAUAAGCCAAUAGCCGAUCCAAGCAGUCUCGUCCUUGUUUCAACUUGUCGUGGUUGUUUACGUGUGUUCAUCUGUGUCCAAGAUAAAGUAAGAAUCAUGGAUGGCUCCUUUGUUGAAUAUUACAACUCUCUCGUAAGCAUUUAUUCAGAUUGUAAACCUUCUGAAUUAGCAGAUAAAACAGCGAGGUUUCAGAAGGGUAUCACUGGCCUCAAAAACACCUUCGAGAGCAGAGAUCUUGACAUGGCUCAUCCAUGCACAGCAAGCAGUGACAGACAGUGUUGGAUAUUUUCGCAUUUGACAUUGUGGAACCAAAUUCUUAAUCCAAUAGCCACUCAGCUUAUAGAAGACACCCCAGACCAUCUGUCUCUGUGUCCUCUGCAGAUACGGUUCAACGAAAUAUUUAGUCAAGAUUUAAUUUUACAGUCCUGCAUUGCAGUACACUGGCUCCUAAAAGAACAUCAUUGCAUCAGCACAGUUGACAUAAACGACUACGAUUUUGUAAACAACUACACUUCCCUCUUCUGCAACGCACUUUCUGUGAGCAAGGCUGUGAAAAAACUUGUCCUCUCGUCGUACGACUUCGACGACGACUAUGGUGAUGAGCUGGCUGCCGCGGUGGGAAGCAUGCCCUGUCUCGAAAAGCUGGAACUCAACGAGGUCCUACUUAACGACGAAUCCCUGGGCUUGAUUGGCUAUAACAUUGGCGCGAGAAAUACGCUCCUCUGGCUCCACGCCUGGGCUAAUGAUCGGUGGCCUGAGUCGGGCGCAGAAUUCUUAGACGGGGCAAAGUCGUGCACCAACUUAAAGUUUCUCAACAUCGGGAUCAUGUAUUUGGGGAUGGACGGCGCUGGCAGCCUCUCUGACAUGUUACGGAACAAUCCUGGACUGGAAAAAGUAAAAAUAGAAGGGGUGCAGUUCAAGAAUGAUGAGUUGCACAUCAUUGCAGAAGGCCUCAGUGCAUCUCCCCUUUUGAAGUUGGAGAAGUUGGAGUUCACAGGGUGUCGGCUUCAUGCGUCCGCGCUCGCCGUACUGGCUGAUGCGCUACAACAACACAGGAUGCUGACGUCGUUGAGGUUCAUUGAAAGUGAUCUGGACUGCAGCAAAGUGAGAGCGCUUGUACGUGUUCUUAAGGACUGUGUGCGACUUCGCGAACUCAGCUUCGAUUCCAGUUACAUUAGGGACGGUGGCGCUAUAGCUCUGUCCAAGUGCCUCGGUGCGGCUAAAAAUUUGGAAGUGCUGUCGAUGAAACAAAAUUCCAUGACGAGCAGUGGCGCAAUAACCCUCAUUGAAGCUCUGUUACAACAGACCGAAAAGACGCACCUGCACCUCGGACACAUCAAAGCGAACAACAACGAAGCCCUGGACCUCUCUCGAACUUUGGAGGUGGACGGUGCUAGUGAUAGGGUGGGGAUUACGUAUAAUGCGGCCGGUAUUUUCCAGCUGGGUCGAGUGCUCCGUACAAACAGCUACAAGGUAGAAGAAAUCGUGUUUGACGCGAAUUUUGUGCUGGCUCCUGAACACUUGAAGGAGCUGUUCAGUGCACUUUCGUAUGACUGUAACGUCAAGCGACUUUGUCUCGGAGCAGGAAAGUUCGAUGACUCGUCAGCGCAAGAGCUCUGCUCGCUCUUGUCUAUAAAUAAAACCCUUAAGUACUUAGAAUUGAGCAUGGAGCUGCAACAGUCUCACAUGAUUCUCCUAUUCGAGGGGCUCGCAAAAAAUGCUUCAGUCUCAGAACUUGUCCUUCACGAGAGCAGGUUUGACAGUGACUCUGUGCACGCAUUUGUGGCCAUGCUGAAAGUGAACAAGGCCCUGAACAAGUUCUCAAGAUGCAUCGGGGAUCCGCAGUCGCUGAGGAUCCUAGGUGCCGGCGUAUCGGCAAACUACACGCUUCUCGAUCUCGGCAUGCGACCGGAGUGUGUAGAUAGCGUUGUUGUGUUUGACAUAGAAGAAGUCCGUCGUCGGAACUACGAGACGCUGAAUAAGGCGGUGAAGUUUGCGUUAAUGGUGCAAACGGAAAGAGGUCCAGCCGUGGCUUUUGAGAAGGUGCGUUUCAGCGACGCCUUCUUGCCCCAUUUGAAGGCGUACGGUGGGCUUUCCGAAGACAAUGCCAGGAACUGUGUGAAGGUGGCAUCGAGGUACAUUGCCAGUUGGUUCCUAGUUCUUAGUGGAAUCGUGAAGGAGAAGUUGGAGUGCCAUCCGACCGAUUGCAGUGUCACGCAGAUUGACCAACUGAGUGUGGAGUGUCUAGAGAAUAUUUUUUCGUACCUGAAGCUGGAAGAUGUCGUUCAGGUUCGAAAAUAAUAGAGUCCGUUGGCGCAAGUCCAACAACAACAACAAAAAAAAAACAUUCUAUAAACUUUGACACUUCUGCUACUUUUUUUAUGCUUAUGCACGUUGAAUACAUUGUUGAUCAGCUGAA